AUGACGAGGGAAUUUCAAUCUUCCGCUUUCCUUUCUCUUAUGAUCUUUGCUAUCAUGAUAAUCAGAAGUAGCAAUGCCUCAGUUAUUGUUCAUGGAAAUGUCACAGACAGGCUUGCGCUGCACGCAAUCAAGGCUCGGAUUACUGAGGAUCCUCUUAGGAUCACAAGCUCAUGGAAUGACUCUCUCCAUUUCUGCCAGUGGCAAGGCGUUUCCUGUGGUCACAAGCACCAAAGAGUCACCCACUUGAUAUUAGGGUCGUUGAGUUUGAAGGGUUCCUUAUCUCACUCCGUUGGGAACCCCAGUUUUCUUCGAAUACUCGACGUCUCAAACAACAGUUUUCAUGGAGAAGUACCAAAUGAGAUCGGUCGCUUGUUUCGGUUGCAAGAGUUAGUUUUGGAAACAAACUCCUUCGGAGGACAAAUACCAACUAGUUUAUCAAACUGCUCUAAGUUGAGAAUCCUCAAUUUGAGAUACAACGAUUUCAUUGGUAAUAUUCCUAUUCAGAUAAGCUUUCUACCAAAGUUGGAGGAUCUAGUUCUCACGGCAAACAAUUUAAAGGGAAGCAUUCCAUCUCAUCUUGGGAAUAUCUCAUCCCUUCAACAACUUUAUCUGUCAGAAAAUAAGUUGGAAAGAGACAUUCCGGCAUCACUAGGCCAAUUGAAGAGCUUAAUUGCUCUUGCCCUUGGUGAGAACACACUGUCAGGUACAAUACCUCAAUCUAUCUAUAACUUGACAAACCUUGUUGACUUUUAUGUCGGUGGAAAUCAACUUCAAGGUAGCUUUCCUCGUAACAUUGGCCUUAGCCUCCCAAAUAUUGAAAGAUUUCUUGCACGGCAAAACCGGUUUAGUGGAACAAUUCCAGUUUCCUUUUCAAAUGCUUCAAACCUUGUUGACUUUGAAAUCCACAAUAAUAGCUUUUCCGGACAGGUUCCAGAUAUGUUUGGAAACCUAAAGAGACUUAGGUUUGUAGCUAUCGGUUAUUCUAAUCUUGGGUACGGGAAAGCAAAUGACCUAGACUUCCUCACCUCUUUAACCAAUUGUAGCAAUCUGCAAAGACUUCAGAUACAAGAAAAUAACUUUGGAGGUGCUUUGCCCAAUUCCGUGGGAAACCUCUCAGUUAAACUUGAAGUUCUUUCCCUUUAUGAUAAUAUUGGAAUUUCAGGAAACAUCACACCUGGUAUUGGAAAUCUAGUAAACUUAAGAUUAUUAAACUUAGAUAGCAAUCGGCUGAGUGGGACCCUUCCUUCCACUAUUGGUAAACUUCAUAGCUUGGUACAGUUAUAUUUGGGCCAUAAUGAAAUAUCUGGGGAAAUUCCUUUCUCCUUUGGAAAUCUCACGUCAUUGAUCCACCUUCAUUUAGCAGAAAACAGUCUACAAGGAAACAUUCCUUCAAGUCUUGAAAACUGCCAAAACUUGAUAUUACUGAACCUCCGUAGUAAUUCCCUAAACGGUACCAUUCCUCCAGAUGUAAUUGGUUUGCCCUCCUCAUGA